AAGGCAUCAUGGGUCAACAAAAUGGCGCUGGAUGACCCGGUAGUAGUUGAUGCACAUUAUGACAAUUAGUGACAUCGCUUAAACACUGUUCAUCGACAAGAAAAAUUACUUUGAGAAAUUUUCAAUCAAGAAAACUCAUCUCAGGGAGUAGAAGGGGACGUUUCAGCUUGUAGUGCGCUUACAUUUGCUUCUCUUCUUCCAAGUAACUUCAUCAAGUUAUCAGUUGCAUGUCCUUCGAUGAUUGAACUGUGGGUUGCAUUGGCGAACAAUAUUCUGAAUUCUCUGAUAAAAAUUGAUGAGGAUUUUCCACGAGGUAGUUUAUUUAUUAAGUUUUCAUCAGAUAGGAAGAGAAUGCCAUGACACUUAGAACUGUUUCCUUCCUCGGAACGGCAAGAAAUGGCGUGGUAUUACGGUGUGAACAACUCGGAAUUGUAUGGAUCGAAUUUCUCCACCGUGUUAGCGGAUGCACCACCUCCUUUAGACGACACGUACGACGAAGAUGAUGACGAAAUCGUUUUCCCAAAUGAAGCAAAUAAAUCAAAAGAGUACCAUGGUGAUAAUGUAGCAGCUUCGGUUAAGAGAAGCAACGCCCGUGAUGAAAAAAUCAGUGAUAAAUCAAAGCGCGAUGGCGACUUAACAAACGUGAAGAAUAGGUCAGGAGAACAAGAGGAUUCGGAUUUUGGCGACUUUGCUGGUUUUGCCGAUUUUGGGUCCGCUUUUGAACAGGAAAAUAACGGAGAAUCACAAGACUGGUUCGCAAGUAAUACAAAUGGAAACAGCGUGGAAACAGCAAGUGGUCAACCAGCCAUUGAUGACGAGUUCGCCGAUUUUGCAGCAUUUGGGGACAAUAGGGACAGUCUGAAUCCAGAAAGCAUUGCCAAUGGCGGUUUUAAUCAAGGUGAUUCAGCAGCUGAUGUCUUAAACAAUUGUGACAAAAAUGAAGGUAGAAAUGAAGGUCUGCCAAGUAAUGGUACUUUUGACAGUGAAUCUGAUGAUGAAUUUGGAGAAUUUACAAGUACAGAGUUACCUUCAGUGAGCUCUGAACUGACCUCAUCAGAAAGUGACAGCAAGAGUAGUGAACUUCAGACAGACCUUGAAAUUAAAGGAAGAACUUGCAUGCAGGACAAAGUGAAAUCUGAUGGAAUCAGUGACAAAAGUGAAACAUCAGGUGUUGCAUCAAAUUAUGAUUUUGAUGAUGAAAAAGCAGUCAGCCAUUUAAGAGAAACAAGAGCUAAUGGUACUCCAGAAUUCUACAAUAAGUUAAAUGAGACUACUUAUGAUGUUCAUAAAGAGAUGCCAUCAUCUAAACAGGAGAGGAAAGUUUCUAACCACAUCUUGAAUUAUGAAGACUCAGCACAGCUAAAAAAUUCACCUGUAGCUGAAUCAAAGACCCAAGAAAACAUUGAAGAAGAUGAAAAGACUGGCAGUAAUUUAUCCAGAAAACCUGAUGAGAUAAACAUUACGAAGACAAACAUGAGUGAUUCCAGUAAAGUUGAACAUGGUUCAGGUGCUGAAGUAGAACAUGAGAACAAUUAUUCAGAUGAUGAUGGAUUUGAUGAGUUUACUGACUUCACUCAUUUUUCUUUGAGACCACCAUCAUUAGGUGAUGACGAUGAUGAUGAUGAGAAGCAAUCUAAUGAACAACUUGAUUCAUCUGGAAUCUCAAAAUCUGUAGGUAGUCAAGAAGGCAUAGAUUCAUCAUGUAUAAAAGGCACUCUUGUGCAAGAUAAGAAUUGUGUUGUUGAUGAUGAUGAUGGUGAUGACUUUGGAGAUUUUGGUUCAUUUAAUGAAAAUUUUGAUCAAAGCUCUAAAAGUGAUGCAGAUUAUGCUCUAGAGGACUCUAAACAAAAAAGAUCACCCAAUGACAAUGGUGUGGCAGAAGAUGAUAAUGACUUUGGAAAUUUUCGCAUAUCAAAUUCUGAAGAGAGAACUUUACCAUCUGAUAAUCAAGUCGAAAAUGAUUUUGGUGACUUUGGUGUAUUUAAUACAAGUACAAGAGAUCCCCAAAACAAUGCUAAUGAUGAUGAUGACUUUGGGGAAUUUGGUACUUCUGAUUCAGUAGGGAAAAUGUUUCCUGUAGAAGAUCAAGACAAGGAAAAAUUUAGUGACUUUGAUCAUUUUGAUUCAAAUACUAAAGAGCUUCAAAAAGAUAAAGACAGUAAGGAUGACUUUACAGAGUUUGGCUCUCCUAGAUUGGAAGGAAAAAAUUCCACCGCUGAAGAUCAAGAUGAUGAUUUUGAUGAUUUUGGUACAUUUCAAUCAAUUGGUGGAGAUUCGAAAACUGAUAGUAGCAACUGCACAGAUGAAUUUGGAGAUUUUGGUAAUUUUGCAAGCAGUAAUUCCAAAAACUCCCCAAAGCAUGAGGACAAUGAUGACUUUGGUGACUUUAGCAAUUUUGAGUCAAAUACCAAAGUUAAUCAGAGACACAAUUCCAAUGACAACAGCUUUGGAGAUUUUGGAACAUUUGAUUCCAAUGCGAAGGAUUCACAAGGAAAGAAUGAAAGUGAUGGUGAAUUUGGCAGCUUUGGAAGUUUUGAAUCAAAAGUGACAGACCUGCCAAAGAAGAAAGACGAGAACUUAAGCAAUGUUGCCAAGUCUAAAGACGGAACUUCGGAUCGGCAGCAAAAUAUUGAAAAGACAAAAAAUGCUAAUGACUCCAACAAAGAUGAUGAUUUUGGUGAUUUCAGUGGUGAAAGUAAAGAAGAUGACAGUAGUUUUGCCUCAUUCCCUUCCUCUAAGACUCUUAUGGAAUCCCCUAGAGAGACUGUUGUCCCUAAGGAAAAGUUAGGAGAAAGUCUGUAUUUUGCUCCUGGCAAUAAUGUUGCCAUAAAACAAGUGGGAGAUCCUGUUUCUCUUUGCUUUACAACAGAAGUGAAGCAUGUUUCACAAAGUCAAUGUGAUGUUCUUUCUAUGAAAGUCAAGAAAGGUUUUCAGAGUGAAUUGGGAUUGUGGUACCAACUGGAGCGUACUGAUAAAGAAGGCAGAAUACCCUUUCACUGGUUGAAUUCAUUCAUCCAACACAAAAAAUUUUUGUCCUUGAGGAUACGACCAGACAGACCUCCUCCAAUUCAGGGUGGAUCCAUGCUGAAACCCACUGUGUCAUCACAGUUUCCACCUUUUGGAGGUGGACCGGCUGGAUCAAUGUUGAUGCCUGCACCUCCUGGUAAAUUGUCAAAUUCUUCAAUUGGAUUGGAUUUCUUAGAGCCUGUGAAAGGAUCACACCAUGCAGUCCACAGCACUGCACAGGAUAUAACUGCAGGCCAUCAUUCAGUUCACCCUGAAAUGGGUCUUCCAGAUCUAAGUUUUGUGCUGGGUGGUGGGCUGAAACGCACUGCUUCAAAAUCAGAUUUCAAAGAUAGUGUAUCAGCUACUACAUCUGAACCAUCUUCCCUUGACCUGGAUAUCUUUGCCUCCAGUAGGACUCAAACCUCAGAUGCAAAGACAGUUUCAGACUCCAGAGCCUUGUAUGAGACAGACCUGUUGGGUCUGGAUAUUUUCUCAUCAUCAGUGGAACCUCAAAAGCUGGACAGCCCUAAGCCACAAAAACCAUCCGACACAAAUAAAGUGUGGCAACAUGGAAGAGUCACUAUACCUCUCUCAUCGCAACAACAUAAAGUACAAUUGAGCGUUGCUGCCAAGACUGUUUUGAAUGAUCUUGAAGAUUUAAGUUUUAUGUGUUCAUCAGUUCUUAUGUUUCCCUUGAAGCCUGAAUAACUUGCAAAAUAUGACUGAAAAAUAUGACAUCCAUACUGGAUUCAUUUAAAGAAAUUAUUUUAAAAUCAAAUUAUGGGAAACAUAAAGCCUUGUUUACCUACAAGUAAUCUUUGUCUCAAAUGAUUUUAUGUCAUGCCUUAAAACUAUAAAGGUUGAAGUUUUAAGCUCAGAGUGCUGACAGGAAUUUCAGUGCUUUGUAAUUUUUUUCUUCUCUGUUUUUGUGAGUAACCUCUAGGAGAAAUCUCUCUGCUUAAUUACAAUAUUUUGUUUUUUUACUGUAUGGGGCAGCAUUUUUCAGUAAAAACCUCUCUGCCACUAUUGAAUUUUGUGAAGAUAGAUUUCAUUUAAUACCUUGACCCUUAAACUCCCAGAUCAAAUUUUUAAUUCUCCUUACUGUCAACCAUACAAUUCUUAUAAUGUUAGUUCAGAGAAUUUAGUAUUUGAUCAACUAAUUAUCCCAAGUUGAUAUUUUUCUUUGUUCUCAUUACUUAUCUGGUUGAUAUUGUAUUAAUACUGUAAGGAGAGAUUCUGUCUCGGUCACUUAUAUGAGUUAAAGGGUUAAUUGAAUGUUAUGUAGAAAAAAAGAAAAGUGAGGUAUUUAGAUUUUUGUGACAGCAAAGGAGAAGGAGGAAGUAGAGGUAAUGCGUCACAGGUUGUAGUCAAAAUUGUUUUAACUUAUAGAUGUAGGUUUGCCUUCACUUAAAGUAUGGAAAUUCUUCAUUAAACAAAACAUAUUCUAGGAAA